AUGGCCUUCUCAUUUGGAUUCGGCGGUGACGAUAUCGACACGUCCCUUGAUAUUGAUGCCCUUCAAAUCGUUCAAACCCCUGUAGCCCAAACUCCCAAGCAGGUGGGGCUUGCACCUGAGUACCAACCCAAAUUACAAUCUCUCGAAUCACUGCUAAAAGCUUCUGUGGGUGUGCGUAUGAGUUACUCCACAACAAACUCAUCUCUUCCUCGCCGCGACUUGUUCGAUGUCAAGCACCAGCUUAUGCUUCAGGAUUCGUUGACUCCAACCGAAGAAAUCCUUCUCGGUCUUACCAACGAGGAUCUGCGUGUGGCCCAGUACGAGGGCGGUCUCAAGAGCUGGGAGUGCACCUACGACGUUGUCGAAUUUCUUUCGCAAAACAACAUACCUGCACAAACCAUUGUCGAGCUCGGCUGUGGAACUGGAGUUCCAUGCUUAUACAUGCUCCAGCAAUACUUUCAGCAAAACUCACAAGCCGGCCUUAAUCUUAUCAUGGCUGAUUACAAUGAAAGCGUUCUGCGACUGGUCACUGCGCCAAACCUCUUGUUCGCUUGGCUCCAGACCCUCGACCCAGAAACGCGUCUUUCUAUUCUUUCUUCAACCUCACAAACCUCAAACGCAAUUGCAGAGGCCCGCUUGGGCGAAGCUGAAAUCACAGAGGCCCUCAUCACAGAGUUUCUGCAAGUACUAAACCAGCGCUCUAUCUCAAUUCAAUUUAUAUCAGGUGGUUGGUCGCCCGAGUUUGUCCAGCUGUUAAAUUCAAACCUCCCUGCUCCUGUUGAUCUCAUAAUCGCUUCAGAAACGGUUUACUCUCUAGACACUCUGCCUAUAUUUACCGACACUCUACUCGGUAUUUUUAAAAAAAGCCCACACGCACGAGCCCUUGUUGCUGCAAAACAAGUCUACUUUGGCGUCGGCGGUGGCGUUCUUGAGUUUAUUCAAACUCUUAAAAAGCACCCAAAUGUUGCAUAUGAAAUAGUCUAUACCAAUAGCGGGAACGGUCUCGGUGUCGCUAGAACAAUAGUCGAGGUUCGUCCAAGCAUUUAG